CACAAUCUCUUUAAGAUGCAGAAAAGUAAGCAUAAUCCGAGUCGUCACUAUUUAUAUAAAUAUAUGUACCGUCUAAUAUUCUACCAACAAAAUGCUACCUCAACCCCGUCGGGCGUAUCUGACAGCACUAAACAAGACAAGCGCUGUUUUACUUUUCUUAGGAUUAGUUUCUCCUUGCGACGGAAACAUUUGGAGCCAAUUAAAACCAACCAUCAACUACAUCCCCAUUAUCAUCAAUCCGGGACUGGAUAGAGCUAUUUGCAUCUGGAAUCGUAGUUACUUCAUCAUACAAAUACUAGAUAUAUUGGUCGUAGGUGAUGACUGUGACGAUCCACCCCAGUUGUAGUAUACGUCCUGAGCGCUCGGGAUCUCUGCCCAGCUGGACAUACGGAGUG